AUGAGGAGCAAGUCUAUUGACUAUGAGAGGCUCAUAGGGAGCCUGCCUAUGCUGCUCGUCCGAAACACAGGCGCGACACUAGGACCAUCUGAACUGCUCACGUUCGCCCUUACACUGCAAUCGAAGAUCAUCCUCUACCUCCUGGCACCUGCAGGUGUCUUACUGGUCAUCGAUCUUGUACUGAUCAUGCUAUUGAAACGACACCUAAAAGCAAAACUAACUACAAAGGCGGAAAAGCGUCGAAAAUCACUCCGACGCUCCACUCUUGUGGUUCUGUGGACCUCGGUCGGACUUGCCCUGGCAUCAGCAAUGGCGACCAGCCAAACAACUGCGGCAAUGGAAUUUGUUACCCGAACGGAGAGGGUAUCAUCGGUUCAAAUUACGGCUGGUAAGACCUUGAAUGUCCUCCAGUGGCUUAUCUUCUCUUUCUCGUCCUUAUUUGCAGCAGGGAUAUCCAGCAUAUUCAAGAAGCAUGGGGGGACAGUUAGGUCGGCUGGGUCACCGGGUUCUGGGACGCUACCAAUUGUCAGUGAGGAGCUACCCGAUAUCCAUAUCUCUCAUAUACCUCCUCCUCCUCCCUCUAGUAAUCCACCUGUCUACUACAUGAGAUGCCAGAACAAAAUUAGGCAUGUCAUGGUUAAGAUUGCGACAGAGUUUGCCUAUUGUGCGGGUUUCUAUCGGGACGAGUUCUGGUCUUGA